AUGCAAGAUCAGUUGACAUUCACGGCACAACAACUUACGAAAAUUAGUAAUACAAUUGAAAAUAUUCAAUUAAAAAAAAAUAAUAAAGCAUCAUCAUCACCUUCACAAGAAGAUGAGAUCGAACAACUAUUUGAGAACAUUACAUGUUCAAAUGAUUUCUUUAAAUUGAAAUAUUUAGAAAUAAAUUAUCAAUUAGAUAUGAUCACAUGUAUUCCUAGCUGCGCAUGGAAGAAACAAGCACCAAAACGUUUAUUAAGUUCAAUAAAAUCUUCAUUUGGUAUGUUUCAACAUAUUGAACACAAGACAGGUCAAUCUCAAUCACAAAAAUUUCGAAGUUUAAAAACAAGCUAUACAAAUGUAAAAUGUCAAACUGACCCAAUAUCAUCUACUGUUGUUACUACAGAAACGUUUGACGAAAUUAAUCUUGCUUCACCAUCACCAUCACCAGUAGAUUCUGAUAUAGAAGAUAAAAAUGUUUAA